UCUCAAGACAACGGAUGGCAUGAGUUUUGAAGAUUUACAUGAUUCAAAUUGCUCAGGGAGUGUUCGUACGAUUUCACGGCUAUCGUACCACUUUCCAGUGCUUUUAAGUCACACAUAAUUUCUGUGAUAUAGUGCUUGAGCUCAUUCGAGUUCACUAACUCUGAUCUGACCGCAACAAAUUGUCAUCCAGACUCGCGAUGUAUGCCCCCCUCCCACCGCCGUCGCUGCCCACGCCCAAGGCUAUCCGUGUUAAUACUAGAGGAGCAGUGAUACUCGCCGAGGAGUCACCCGAGACCCGAGACAGUCGAGGAAUAUACCUUCCAAACUAUAUCGAGCCAGUUUCACAUAUCGCAAUAGAUAUCGGUGGAUCACUGGCGAAGGUCGUUUACUUUACUCGCUCUCCGCAGUCCUCUUCAUCCCCAUCUGUGAUAGCUACGCAGGGUGGUUCCAGCGCUAACAGCUUCUCGACGUCCAGUGCUGGCUCCCCAUCCACGUCCCCACCAAACGUUACUUGCCCUAUCCCCAGCAGCUCCUCGCAAACCCGGAACGGCACCCUCACACCCCGUAUCCUCGAAUACCAUUAUAACGGAAAUGGACACAGCAAUGACCACUAUCCCCCCGACACCCUAGAUUCCCUCGACACAGACCUUUUGCACUCUAGCAUCCUGAAACGCACAACCGAAGUCCGACACAUCCCUGGCGGCUCUAUUAAUUUCGAGCGGUUCGAAACAUCUAAUAUUUCCGCGCUUAUCGCCUUCAUAUCGGAGCUCAUAACUCGUUCUGCUGCCGCGAAUGGCGUCUCUAUCGAGGAGAUGCGCCGCGGCGUUAAGAUAUCAGCCACUGGCGGCGGCGCACACAGGUUUGGCAAGCUGUUCGAGGGUGAACUCGUGGUGGACGUGCAGAGAGAGGACGAGAUGGAGUGUCUGAUCGAGGGCAUGAAAUUUAUGGUAACGAUCCCAGAGGAGGUGUAUUACUUCUCGGAUGAACUCAUCCAGGAAGUGACCCAUCACAUAUCAAAGGACGUACAGAACGAGAUCGUAUCGGAUGGUCCUGCGCCCAGCACGAGUGCAGAGCCUGUUCUGGAGCGGCCAUCGCCAGACCCGCCGCGGUAUGCCGUGACAUUCGAAACCAGUGAACCUUCUGCGCAUCUUCCUUGUUUGCUUGUCAACAUCGGAUCUGGUGUGUCUAUCAUAAAGGUGGAUGCUGAUGGGUCGUUUGAACGUGUCAGCGGAACAAGCCUUGGUGGGGGAACGUUAUGGGGACUUCUCAGCUUGUUGACGCCCGCUCGGACAUUUGAUGAAAUGCUUGCACUAUCCGAAAAGGGCGAUAAUGCUAGUGUGGAUAUGCUCGUUGGUGAUAUCUAUGGUUCGGACUACAGCAAGCUUGGACUCAAAUCCACCAUGAUAGCAAGUUCCUUUGGCAAGGUUUUCAGGAGCAGAGGCGAGGCGAAGGAAGAAGGCGAACGCGGGACGUUCCGAGCAGAGGACAUUAGUCGAAGCUUGCUCUACGCUGUAUCGAACAACAUCGGACAGAUUGCGUACAUGAAUGCAGAAAAGUAUGGUCUAGACAGGAUCUACUUUGGUGGCUUCUUCAUACGUGGACAUGCAGCGACGGUAGCUACAUUGUCAUAUGCUAUACGGUUCUGGAGCAAGGGAACGAAGCGAGCGUUAUUUUUCCGGCAUGAGGGAUUCUUGGGAUCAAUCGGAGCAUGGAUUAAGAAUAUCGACGUGGAAGAGACGCCAACAUCAGAACUUUCGUCAUAGCUGCUGUCACUGUAUUCCUGAAUUGGACGCCUGGUCUGUUCUCAUCCGCACUAUUUAUACCGCUCAUUCCCAAAGUUUUCGUUACUUAUUCGAGCUUUGCAUAUACAUUGUUUAUGCGCCUUCAGAUAGGCUUACCUUAUGUCCUUGUACGACGGAAGGAUAGAGCGAAUCUAAUCAAUUUGCAAUGUAUGAGAACGUGCUUAUGGACAUGGCACUAUAGUGGCGCACAGGCCCAGGCUAGGUGGACGUACCGGGCGGCCCGAAUGGAAACCACGAUUCUAG